GUGGCUUCGUGGACACUCGCACCACACAAGCUUUUCCCAGCUUCUUAAACCCUCUGUUAAGGUUUCUGUUCUGCCGUCACUAACACGUACUGACAUACAUACAAUAUAUCAAUAUAUAUAUCUUCCUGUUUCUCUCCGUGUCUGUCCAUUCACAACUCUUCUUUAUAAUACAGGAUAUAAGAUGGCAGCUACAUCAGCAAGUACCUUUUCUAUUGGAUUGAUAUCAAGAAGUUCCAAAGCUAGUUCAUUUUCACGAUCAAAAGCCAGUGGAAUGAACUUCGAUUCAGAAAACUCUCUGAAGAAUUUUAACGGCCUCAAGGCAAUAUCCAUAAAUUGCAAAUCUGGAUCCUCCUUCAUGGGCAGGGAGAGCACUGCGGCUCUUCAACAAUCUUUUGCUCGGAAAUCAGGAAAUCAGAACCAGGCAUCAGCAAACACCUUUCAAGUUCAGGCAUCAUUCAAAGUGGCUAUUCUUGGAGCUGCUGGUGGUAUUGGCCAGCCCCUAUCUCUUUUGGUGAAGAUGUCUCCAUUGGUUUCAGACCUCCAUCUUUACGAUAUAGCCAAUGUCAAGGGAGUGGCAGCUGAUCUCAGUCAUUGCAACACCCCGUCUCAAGUUCGGGAUUUUACAGGAAAUGAUGAGUUAGGAAAUUGUUUGAAAGAUGUAGAUGUGGUUGUUAUUCCUGCUGGUGUUACAAGGAAGCCCGGUAUGACCCGUGAUGACCUCUUUAACAUUAAUGCCGGCAUAGUGAAGACAUUGGUUGAAGCUGUGGCUGAUAACUGCCCUGAUGCUUUCAUUCAUAUUAUUAGCAACCCUGUUAACUCGACUGUACCAAUUGCUGCCGAGGUACUGAAGCAGAAAGGCGUAUACAAUCCUAAGAAGCUUUUUGGUGUUACCACUCUUGACGUUGUCAGAGCGAACACCUUUGUUGCUCAGAAGAAAAACCUGAAGCUCAUCGACGUUGAUGUCCCUGUUAUUGGAGGGCAUGCAGGAAUUACCAUUUUACCCUUACUGUCAAAGACAAAACCGUCAGUUACCUUCACCGACGAAGAAGUGGAUGAUCUCACAGUUAGAAUCCAAAAUGCUGGGGCAGAGGUGGUUGAGGCCAAGGCUGGUUUAGGCUUGGCAACACUAUCCAUGGCAUAUGCAGCUGCACGGUUUGUGGAGUCAUCUCUUCGUGCACUUGAUGGAGAUAGUGACGUCUAUGAGUGUUCCUUUGUUCAGUCUGAACUCACAGACCUCCCGUUUUUCGCAUCAAGGAUUAAGCUUGGGAAACAUGGUGUUGAGGCUUUGAUCUCUUCUGAUGUUCAAGGAUUAACAGAAUAUGAGGAGAAAGCCUUGGAAGCUCUUAAGCCCGAGCUUAAGGGAAGCAUAGAGAAGGGUGUAACUUUUGCAAAUAAACAAACAGAGUCUGCUUGAAGUUCAAUGUAGCAUAAUUAUAAACCAUGUAGUUCGAGGUAACAACAAAGGUCAGGGCGUAUGUUCAUCACCAAAACGGAAUCAUCUUCAGUUUUGUAGUUUGAACUAAGCUAAAAGACUGUUGAAAAUUUGUGGUACUUUUUCGAUUGGAAGGUUGAAGAGCUCAGAGCUGGAUAUAUAACUUUGCCAGUGUUCAGGUAAUAACAGAGGUCAGGGAUAUGUUCAUCACCAAAACGAAAUCAUCUUCAGUUUUGUACUAAGCUAAAAGACUCUAGAAAAUUUGUGGUACUAAGUUAAUAACAAUUGGUGUACAAUUUUUGAUUGCA